CGAAUAUCGCUCGGGCUUGUUGUAUUUUUUAUCGCAUAAAACGCCAUACAUAUCAUGUUGCUCUACAUAUGGACCGCAGUUCUGGUAAUAGGCGUAUACCUGUACUUCAAACGGGUUUACUCAAGAUUCAGCAAGCAUGGCAUCAAGCACUUGAAGCCUGUACCCCUGCUGGGGAACAUGAGUCCUAUCAUAUUCAGAAAAAAGCAUUUUAGUUAUGUGAUUGAUGACCUAUAUAACAAGUUUCCUGAAGAAAGGUUUGUGGGCAGCUAUGAAUUCGUAAAGCCGAUAAUAUUCAUUAGAGAUAUUGAGCUUAUCAAGAAGAUCACUGUUAAGGACUUUGAGUAUUUCCUUGAUCAUCGCGUGGCCGUCAAACCAGAAAUGGACCCAUACCUUGGAAGAACCUUGAUCUCUCUAGAAGGCCAAGAAUGGAAGGACAUGCGUUCAAGAUUAAGCCCAGCAUUUACGAGCUCCAAAAUAAAACACAUGCUGCCGUUCAUUGUCGAGGUAGGCAACCAGAUGGUCAAGUCUUUCGAAAAGCAUUUAAAGGAAUCAAAAAAUGGUUACAUAGACAUCGAAGUUAAAGACCUGUCAACCCACUAUGCUAAUGAUGUAAUAGCGUCUAGCGCCUUCGGCCUAAGAGUCGACUCCUACUCGGAUCCCACCAAUGAGUUUCAGAGAAUGGGAAAUAUGAUUAGUAACUUUGGCUUUGAAACCGUACUAAAGUUUUUCGGAUUUGCGUCAGUUCCUUUUCUUAUGAAGCUAAUGAAGAUGAACCUCUUCUCGGCUGAUUUAACGAACUUCUUCAAGCACUUAGUACUUAGCACGAUGAAGGAUCGUGAAACGCACAAUAUUCUGCGACCAGACAUGAUACAUUUACUAAUGGAGGCCAAGAAAGGUAGACUUGUACACGAAGAUUUCACCAAAGAUGCUAAUGCAGGAUUUGCAACAGUAGAAGAAUCUAAUGUCGGCAAAAAGCAAAAUAACACAGCUUGGACAGACGAAGAUCUAGUCGCACAGGCAAUAAUUUUCUUCGUCGCCGGUUUUGAGACCGUCUCCACGGCCAUGACUUUCCUGCUUUACGAGCUGGCCCUCAACCCUGAUGUCCAGGAUAAGUUGGCAGAGGAACUAAGAGAACAUGAGAAGAGCAGUGGCGGCAAGUUUGAUUACAACUCCAUUCAGACCAUGGUUUACUUGGAUAUGGUCGUCUCAGAAUCACUACGACUUUGGCCCCCGGUUGUUGCAACCGACAGAAUUUGCACAAAGGACUACAAUUUGGGCAGAACCAACGAUAAAGCUACUCAAGACUAUAUUAUAAAAAAAGGUGGAGUCAUCAACAUACCAGUAGCGGCGAUACAUCACGAUCCGAAAUACUAUCCAAACCCGAAGAAGUUUGACCCUGAGCGCUUCUCUGAGGAGAACAAGCGUACGAUCCAGCCCUUCACUUAUUUUCCGUUUGGUCUAGGCCCCAGAAACUGCAUUGGGUCACGGUUCGCUCUCUGCGAAGUGAAGGUGAUGGUAUACCAACUCGUCCAGCGCUACGAAUUGAUGCCGUGUGAGAAAACAACCAUCCCCCCUGUGCUGGCCUCGGAUAAUUUGACCAUGAGGAUCAAGGGUGGACAUUGGUUGAGGCUCAAACCAAGGGUCUAAGAUAAAUGUGUAUAAGGCUAGCAUGUAAAAUGUACAUAUGGUUGGGAAAACCGUCAUAUGGUAAGAACUGUAUUUGGGGGUUUUCAGAAAAAAUGUAAUCUUUAUUUUUUUUCGAAAAACUAUCAAAUUUUGUUAUAUUUAGACUCAGAAUCACGAGUAAAGCCUGACAACAGUUUAUUUGACCCUCGCCAUUUUGCGGAUUUUCAAUGGUACUAAUUUCUUUUACUGGCAACAAGUACUCUUUGACAACGAACGUUGGAUGUCAUCGAAUGUCACCGAUGUAAACAAAUAGAAAAUAUCUACGAAUAUAUUCAAAUAUAAACGGUUUUAUUAAAAAAUGACAAAAAAAUAUUCCAAAGAUGUGAAAAAAAUUGUAGUGAAUGCAAUCAAAUACUUACAGCUUAAAAAAGAUGAAGGAUUACAUAGCAUUCCAAUAAACAAUGUUUUAAAGUUGGUUGUUGACAUGACCGGUAUUGACGUUUUAUAGUGCGGUUGUAUUGAACUGGUUAUCGUAUCGUGUAGGAAGUAACUCAACAAAAUUGGAGCAAUUGCUGUGACCAUAUUAAAAAAAUUUAAGAUGAUUAUAGGAAUAAAGGUCCUAUAAUCGAAUUGGAGACUGGACGUUUUAUAAUCGAGGUUAGUGGUCCUGAAAUCGACACAACAUCUGAUGAAAAUCAGACUUCGUCAGAGUCAGAAAACGAACAAUAUAUAUAUAUUGAAUAUUUAGAAUUAGAUUUUGACGAACAGGUAAAUUGAAAGAACCGAAUUCUCUGUAAGCAAUGUUUCUGACAUUAUACGAGUAUCAACAUGAAGCCAAUGCCCACUACCCCAACUAUACAUGACGUACACACAUUAUUGCCAUACGUGAGCUGUUUGCAGCGACACUAUCUCAGGGUUAAAUAAACUGUUGUCAGGCUAUACCUACUAUUGAAUAAGACACAGAAAAAAGUGUCCCCAGUUUUUAUACUAUUGAUUUUGGGUAUCAGUUUCGUAACGGUCUAUACAAAAUGUAUUUAUAUGAAAAUGUGUUACAAAACUGAUAUUUUUUUUCUUUUUUUUUUCGAUAGACUUCGUGAUUUUGAGUAGAAAUAACCCAAAAGUUGAUGGAUUUUCGAAAAAAAGUAAAUGGUACACUUAUAAGUGAUAAUGCCCAUUUGUAUACGGACGUCGCUCAGACAGUAAAAAAGGAAGAGUUUUGCUCUUUAAUCUGCUCUACCGACCUUCUGUGAGUAUAAUUAUGUGUACAAACGCAUGAGUUAGAAGCGACAAAGAGCAUGUAGACGGUCUUAACUGAUAGACUGUCUUUUCACAUUAACUUUAAAUUACUCGUGUAAAUAAUGUAAAUAAAUGUGUGAAAGUAUA